AACGCUGGUAGCGCACAUUGAUGACGCAGACGUUUUCUUCCGCAGAAGGAAACACUUUGGGGCGUUCUGGGGACACUCGCUAACAGCCUAGCCAUGAAUUGGAACAAAGGUGGUCCCGGUGUGAAGCGAGGGUUUGGCUUUGGAGGGUUUUCACUUGCCGGGAAGAAAGAGGAGCCCCAAAUAUCCCAGAAAUCUCACACAUCAUUUGGCCCUCCUGGAUCAAGCAGUGGCUAUGGGAAGGGCCAACUGCCAUCAUUCUACAAAAUAGGAACAAAAAGAAGCAAUUUUGAUGAAGAAAAUGCGUAUUUUGAAGACGAUGAAGAGGAGUCCAGCAGCAACGUGGACCUGCCGUACAUCCCGGCUGCGAACUCGCCCACGCGGCUGCAGAUGAAAUCCGGUGGCGGCUCAGACAGCGAGGACGAUCCCCUCGACGCCUUCAUGGCCGAGGUCGAGAACCAAGCCGCAAAGGACAUUAAGAAAGUUGAGGAAAAGGCGGCCAAGGGUAUUCGUGAUGACAUUGAAGAAGAAGAUGAGCAAGAGGCCUACUUCCGCUACAUGGCUGAGAACCCCACAGCCGGCCUGAACCAGGAGGAGGAGGAGGAGAAUGUGGACUAUGACAGUGACGGCAACCCCAUUGCCUCCACUACCAAGAAAAUCAUCAUGCCCCUUCCUCCCAUUGACCACUCAGAGAUUGAUUACCCACCCUUUGAGAAAAACUUCUACAAUGAGCACGAGGAGCUCAGCAUCCUCACCGGAACUCAGGUGGUAGAGUUACGACAGAAACUCAACUUGCGAGUAUCUGGCGCAGCCCCGCCAAAACCCUGUACCAGCUUUGCUCAUUUUGGCUUUGACGAGCAGCUCAUGCAUCAGAUUCGCAAGUCCGAGUACACUCAGCCAACGCCAAUUCAGUGCCAGGGUGUGCCCAUUGCUCUGUCGGGACGCGACAUGAUUGGGAUCGCAAAAACAGGCAGUGGCAAAACGGCCGCUUUCAUCUGGCCCAUGCUUGUCCACAUCAUGGACCAGAAGGAGCUGGAGGCGGGGGAGGGGCCCAUCGCAGUCAUCGUGUGCCCCACUAGGGAGCUUUGUCAGCAGAUCCAUGCCGAAUGCAAGCGUUUCGGGAAAGCCUACUCGCUGCGCUCAGUGGCGGUGUACGGAGGAGGCAGCAUGUGGGAGCAGGCCAAGGCUCUGCAGGAGGGGGCAGAGAUUGUGGUGUGCACGCCGGGUCGUCUGAUUGACCACGUGAAAAAGAAGGCCACAUCCCUGCAGAGAGUGACCUACCUGGUGUUUGACGAGGCAGACCGCAUGUUUGACAUGGGCUUCGAGUAUCAAGUUCGAUCCAUCGCCAGCCACGUGCGCCCGGACAGGCAGACCCUUCUGUUUAGCGCCACUUUCCGAAAGAAGAUAGAGAGGUUAGCCAGAGACAUCCUGAUGGAUCCUAUUCGUGUGGUGCAGGGAGACAUUGGAGAGGCCAAUGAGGACGUGACACAGAUGGUGGAGAUGCUGCUUAGCGGCACGGAUAAAUGGGGCUGGCUGACCCGGCGCCUGGUGGAGUUCACCUCCAGCGGCUCGGUCCUCAUCUUUGUCACCAAGAAGGCCAACUCUGAGGAGCUGGCCAACAACCUCAUGCAGGAGGGCUACAGUCUGGGCCUGCUGCACGGAGACAUGGACCAGAGCGAGAGGAACAAGGUCAUCAGCGACUUCAAGAAGAAGAAUUUGCCCAUCCUGGUAGCCACUGAUGUUGCUGCUCGUGGUCUGGACAUCCCAUCCAUUCGCACGGUGGUCAACUAUGACGUCGCACGAGACAUCGACACGCACACACACAGGAUCGGUCGCACAGGUCGUGCUGGCGAGAAGGGCGUGGCCUACACUCUUCUGACCAGCAAGGACACGUCGUUCGCUGGGGACCUGGUGCGGAACCUGGAGGGAGCCAAUCAGAGCGUCUCCAAAGAACUGAUGGACUUAGCCCUGCAGAAUCCCUGGUUCAGGAAAUCCAGAUUUAAAGGCGGAAAAGGAAAGAAGCUGAACAUCGGCGGAGGAGGACUCGGUUACAAAGAGAGACCAGGACUGGGUUCUGACAGUUCUGAUCGCAGCAGCAGUGUGUUGUCUUCCAUGAGCAGCUACGAAGGGUUCAGCAAACCUGCCUCUGGAGCCAUGGGAGACCGCAUUUCUGCAAUGAGACAAGCCUUCCAGGCUCAGUACAAGAGUCACUUUGUGGCUGCGUCCGGCAACCCUCCAAAGCUCAGCGCCAAGUCCAGCAGCUCCUCCGGCUGGACCAGCGCUGGCAGUCUGAGCUCCGUGCCCACAGAGUCUGCCAAUGGGCCGGCGCGGCCCAAGGCUUCCACCUUUGCCAUGCCAGGCUUCACCAGCGCCGGCUCCCUUAGUUCGGUGCCCACCAGUCAGAGCAGUUAUCCUCCGCCCGCCACGUCCUCGCUGAGGGACAGCUCGCGGGACAAAGCCAGCGAUAGAGACCGGGAUCGUGAUCGCUACAGCAGCAGCCGCCAUAGCGAAAGUCGUAACGGGGAAGAAGGCAAGCGGGAUAGAGAGGACAGAAAGUGCCAGAGGGACAGAGGAGACGAUAGCUUUGCCGUCCCUGAGCCACCAAAACGUAGAAAGAGCAGGUGGGACAACUAAUCGGCACAGUCAGGAAAUGGUGUGUUAUCAACUUGUUUGUGUAAGACAGCGAGCUUGAGCAUAUCAGAUACAAGGUGCCGAUGUGGACAGACAGCCAAACAUCCCAAAAGCAGCCACUGUAGAUAUCCCAUCACGACUGUGUUGUUGUUGUCAAGCAAUAGAACUGAUUCUGUUGUCGGCUGUCAGGUUAGGUUGGUUGUGUUGUCCUGCUCCUGCCACGCUUCCCUGCUUGCAAACUGGACUCUUAUGGGUUGUUUGUGUGUUUUCAUUUAAUUGUAAAGCAAAGCUGACGCUUACAACAGUUUCUUUUCUGAAUAAAACAAGCGCUCUGUGAUGAUUUUCACUCCACGCUAGCAGAUAUCAGACACGGUUGUUCUUGUAUUUGAGUCUUAGUGAAGUGCCUUUCCCUGGCAUUAGUUUGUGCUUUUCACAAUGUUUUUUGUAAAGGGGAUUGAAAGGUUCAUUCAAAAUAUGAUGGUUUGAUUAUUAAAGACUGAAAUCUAAACCUG